AUGUCGGCCUCCCGGUCGCUGGCCAAGACGCAGGAAUGGGCAUGCGAUGUCGAGCCAUCCGAUGUGGAUGAGAUGAUGAUGAUGGGAAAAGGAGGGCCGAGUCAAGGAGGAAACAGCAGCCAGUCGACAAGAAUCGACUAUUUGUGUAUGGAUGAGAGUAUUCACGAGGAACAGGAUCUGGGUGAGGCUGAGGCUCAGACGACGUUGAAGUGUACUCUUCGCGGAGAAGUUGGCCCCAAGCCCGAACCCCAUCAACGAGCUUCAAAUUGUCUGGCUUCUCGUCGUGAGCAGUGGUCUCUCGAAUUGCAGGGCGGAUGUACGGCUGGCCCUCAGAUUCCAAUCAACGGCAUCUAUCGGCCAUGCAUCAACGCCUCCGACGACACGGCCCAUGAGACUAAUGGGGACAAGCACGAAUCGCUGACGAAU